AUUCUUACUUUAAGAAGUUUAUAUGAACAAUUAUUUUAUUUUACAACACCGAAUGAACAUAACCAAUUUAAAAUGGAUUCUGGAUUAUAUACUCUCAUGUUUAAAACAUUACAAUUUAAUAAUAUCAAACAAGAUACUACAUCACCAAUUAUUAAACUAUUCACUGAUCCACUAGCCUAUAGUCCAUAUACAGUUGAACAAUGGCAAUCCGCCAUACAUUUAAUCGAUGCACGUCUACGACCAAUCGAAGAAUGUGCAGCGACUAGAUUUCUAAUUAGAAUAAGAAGUUUAUCAAAUAAAGUUGAUU